AUGCAUCUAUCCAUAACACCAGAUGUUCUCCACCAGCUUUACCAGGGGGUGUUCAAACAUGCCGUCACUUGGUGUCAAGAGCUUCUCACCGCAGAGGAACUAGACAGCCGCCUCCGAUGCCUGCCCCCUGCGUACGGCAUCCGUCAUUUCCGUAACGGCAUCUCCUCUCUUUCUCAGAUAUCUGGGAAAGAGAGGAAAGAAAUGGCUCGAGUCCUCCUCGCAUGUCUCGUUGGCAAGGUCUCAAAGUCAACAAUGCUCACCUUCAGGUCUCUGUUAGAUUUCAUCUACUUAGCGCAGUACCCCACGCAUGACGACACUACCUUGGAAUACAUGGAGGAUGCACUCAAGAUGUUCCAUGCCAACAAGCAAGUGUUGGUCAACCUCGGUAUAUGGGAUGAUUUCAACAUACCUAAAAUCCACUCCCUUCUGCACUAUGUCCAGUCCAUCCGGCUCUUUGGGAUGACGGAUAACUACAACACGGAGAUGUUCGAGCGACUUCACAUCGACUUCGUGAAGGACACUUGGCGAGCAUCAAACCACCGCGACGAGUUCCCGCAAAUGAUGCGGUGGAUCACCCGCAACGAGAAGAUGGCUCUCUAUGAGAUGUUCCAGAGGGAAUGUCAAGCGGAGGAGGAUGCUGAACACCCGGAGGACGAAGAACAUGCCGAGACCGCGGGGACAUCUAUCAAAAUAGCGAAGUACGCACCUGCUCCUCAACAAAACCUAGCUAUGGUUCAAACCCGCCAUCACGCACCCGGAUUUACGACCGCACUCGUUCAGUUCAUCAACACUUUGCAGCCUGACUCACUCCGACUCAACAGACAAGACCUCUCCAGAACGUGGCUGCCGUUCCAGUGCGUCGAUGUCUUCCACAAAUUCGCAUUCACGCCUUACGAGCUGGACGACAGGAGGAUUGACAUUGAUGUAAGUAAUUGUUUCUAUACAGGGACAAGAGCGGGGAGAAUGAAGGUUAUCUUCGCUCUACCGCGCAAGCUCCCUGUGGUGCAAGGCGGAGGGUCUGCACCUCCAUGGUGGCCACGGGGUCCGCUCGCGUAUGUAGAGUGGUACACUCGCUUCGCGCCUGCGGCUGACUCCUCCCACUUGAUGUAUUCAGUCAAGAAACCGCCGUCCUCAAGCAAUGGUCUGUCGCAGGGGAAGAUUAUUCCCCUGUCGCAGAUCCGGCAAUCCUGUCAGCUUACACCCAUUUUCCCCAGCGGUCCUUGCGGCACUGUUCCCGACUCCUGGUCAUCGGAAAACAUGUUAGAAAUGGCUAGUACUUUCUACGUUAACAACUGGGGUGGGUUGUAUGCGUACCAAACACUUUGGUAG